AUGGGCUCAUGUCAGAGCAAUGAAAAUGCGGAAGGAAACGCACGAAACAAGGAGAUCGAGAAGCAGUUGAAUGCCGACAAAAGAGCUGGAAGCAGUAUUGUCAAGCUUCUUUUGCUUGGAGCCGGAGAAUGCGGAAAAUCCACUGUGCUCAAGCAGAUGCAGUACGUUCAUUGUAAUUUCUUUGUCGUUACCCCCGAACCCUCUUUGUAGAAUCUUGCACAGCAAUGGUUUCACGGAAGAAGAGGUAAACGAGAAACGAGCCAUUGUCUAUAACAACACGGUGUCUGCGAUGUGUACAAUAUUGAAAGCCAUGGACGGCAUAUUACAUUUACCUCUGGAGAAUGGCCAAAAGGAGAGCGAGAAGGCUAUCGUUUUGCGAGUCCAAGAGGCCGGAGAAGAGAGUGAAGCUUUGACUGAUGAGGUCUCGAAGGCGAUACAGUCUUUAUGGAGUGAUCCUGGUGUCAAGAAGGCUUUUGAAAUGCGCAGCGAGUACCAGCUUCCUGACUCGGCUAAAUAGUAGGGUUAUCGUCUGAGCCCACUGAAGCAAAACGUGUCUUUUCCAGUUUUCUUGAUAAUUGUCAGCGCAUUUCUGAAGCUGGGUAUCGACCGAACGACCAAGAUAUACUGUACUCGAGAGUUGCUACCACUGGAGUCGUGGAAGUGAAGUUCAAAAUCAAGGAGCUCGACUUCCGGUUGGUAUACUUUUUUUCCUUUUCCUGAUCGGUUUCUUCCUUCUCCCGUCUUUUCCCAUGCUCGUCAACAGCAGUAAACAUCACCAUGGUUACUCAUUUCUUGAGUGAAUUUAAUUUGGUGUGCAUGUUGUCGGUGAAAGAGGGCAGAAAAGGUGAUGUGCGAGCAGAUUUUAAAUAAUGAAAUUGCAGUGUGUUUGACGUGGGAGGCCAGCGAUCAGAACGAAGAAAGUGGAUCCAUUGUUUUGAUAACGUCGAGUCUAUUAUUUUUAUCACAGCUAUUUCGGAGUAUGAUCAAGUUCUUUUUGAAGAUGAAACUACGGUAAACGAAGCCAUGUUUUCCAGCCCAAUAAUCGUUUUCUAGAACCGAAUGAUCGAGUCUAUGCAGUUGUUCAACUCUAUUUGUAACUCGACCUGGUUCCUUUCAACCGCAAUGAUCCUUUUCAUGAAUAAAAAGGAUUUGUUCAUGGAGAAGAUUCAAAGAGUCAACAUUACGACUGCGUUCCCGGAUUAUGAAGGCGGUCAGAACUAUGAAGAAGCGGUUCAAUUCAUCAAAAUGAAGUUUUCUGAGCUCAACUUGAAUCCGGAUAAAAAGACAAUUUACAUGCAUGAGACUUGUGCGACUGAUACAAAUCAGGUGAUACAAAUCCAUGAAUUGAUUAAAAUUCUAAUCUAUUUCAUCUUCCAGGUACAACUUGUCAUUUCCAGUGUUAUUGAUACAAUUAUUCAAAAGAAUUUACAAAAAGCCGGAAUGAUGUGA